AUGGCAGCAGACUUGGUGGUUGGCAUCGACAUUGGGAUGACCGGCACUGGGGUUGCCUAUCAAUCGAAAAGCGAUGCAGAACCAAUAGCUUUCACAUGGGGCAGAGACGUAAAAGUUCCCACUAGGCUCUUUUACAGUGACCGUCAUCAGCCGCCAAAGCUCGUUGGAUGGGGACUAGAAGUACCCGAUGAUUCCCAGAAGCCGUUCGCGACUCGAGAGUUGUUCAAGGUAGACUUUGGCAACAGAGACAGAAACCACAUACAUGUCGAAAACCUCUACACCGAUUUCCUUCGUUGUUUAUACCAGGAAUUGAGACUCAGACAGUUUACACCACAGAUUUUAGGAGGGAAGUCCUUCGAAGAUUGCACCAUUCACUUUUUAUUCAGUGUUCCCGCAACAUGGGACCCAGCUCUGGUGAGCAACUUCAAACAACUUAUUUCUAACGCCGGAUUUGACGACGCCAAAGACCACACUGUCUAUGUGUCCAUGACUGAGCCACAAGCGGUUGCUGCCUUCCAGAUGUGCGGAUCGCAGUUGUCCAAACAAGCCAAGGACGGCGACAAAGUCUUAAUCGUCGACGCUGGUGGCGGUACCAGUGACUUUUGCUUGCUGGAGGUCCAAGACACAUUCCAUGGGACAUCUAAGGUCCAUAAGUCAUCUCAGGCCAUCGAGAUACAGCCAGUAUCUGCUUGCGGAUUUGGUUCCGCCAACAUUGAUGAGGGUUUCCAAAACUUGGUGAAAGAACACGUCAAAAGUUACAGAGCCCAUCUUCAUAAAUCACCCGAACAAGUUGCUUGGCAUGUGCGAGAUACCGACGAAUAUCGAGAUUGCAAGCAUAGCCUUGGCACCAAGAGUUUUGAAGACUUCGCGUUUGAAAUCCCUUUCCAAAAGACUGAUGCAGGCAUAUCAGCAAGCCUUGCCCGGCUCGAUCCUUUUAUCCUCACGGAGACUUCCAUGGCGUCUCUGUUCGAUACACAGAUUGAUCGGAUCAAGGAAGUAACAAGAUCAUUUCUCACAGACCUCGAGAAAAGAGAAGAGGCUGCGGACACCGGCCGUAAUAUUGUCAUACUAGCUGGCGGUUUGGGAAGUUCUCCCUACUUCAAGGGCAAGAUUCAGCAGCUGGUCGCCGCAUCCCUGGCCAAAUUGGGAGGGAAGACCGAGGUAUUCGCCUCGGAUAGCCCGCGCCUCGCAGUGUGCCUGGGCUUGAUCUAUCAUGCUGGGCGUAGCCCACAGCUUUUCCCCCGCCGGCUGCACCGAGUCAGCUUGGGCAUAGCGUCACAACGGUUGAAGAACGCGAUAAAGCAGAGUCGCCUGGAACUUUUCGUCAAGAAAUCUCUUUUCCAUCUUUCGAUGGGUGGAAAGGCGGAGAAAGCAGUUGACUGGAUUGCCCUCAAGGGGACACCCGUCGGCGACCUGGGCUUUUUCACGGUUACCCAGAAAGCUAAGUUUAGCGCAGACCUCCCACCGGAGAAGCGGAUUUGGGAAGUCGCUAUUCUCACUAGCUUCGAGAGUGACACACAGCAGUUGAUGGUCGAGGACAACUGCCGUGUCCGUUCGAUCCUAAAUAUCGAUCUUUCGCGAGCGCCUCAAUUAUCGGGGUCGACGGGGGCUCGGGAAGCGCUUUCGAGACUCCGUCUGGCCUCAAAGCGCGACGUCGUGAUCGAAGUUACCGUCGUGGUGCAGGUCGGGCUGGCCACCAUCGAGUUCCAGUGGAUUGAUUCGAAAGGGUUUCGCUGCAGUGAUCCCAUCAGUAUCCCGACAGGCGAUGAGCGCCUUCCAUCCACCGACGCCGUGUAUGAAUUGAGCUGA